GUUUGAACAGUUGAUCGUGUAGCUUCCUGUUUGUAGGAGGACGGACACAGUAACGUAGCUCUGCUGAUCACGCCUGCCUCGUGUUGUCUGUAUAAAGUCUCUGACUCUGAGACUCUUCUGCACUCGUCGUUCAGUGAACAUUGUGUUCCUCUGCUACGUCUGCGUCCAUCAUGAAGCUCCUCAGUGUGGUUCUCCUUCUGCUUCCACUCUCGCUCUGUUUGGCUGUAGUCGUGGAUGAUUUUACUGAGAGCUGUCCAGGGUUCUUCGCUAAUCCGUAUCAUGUCGUUUCUCCUCCUACGGGUUUUACUGGGACUCAGUAUAAACGGAUCUGUCAAACUCUAAAUAAUAAAGCUGAAUUCGCGACACUUUAUGACACGACGUACAGGAUCCCAGUUUACUCAGCAUACAGGUUUACCGGACUAAUGAAGUGUAACAGAUUGGACAAGUGGCAUACUGAACCUGAGCUGGAAGUUGGAAUGCAGGAUCAAAACCAGAAAACUUGUCUAGUUAAUCAGGCUGAGAACGGAGAUUAUAAAUAUUCUGGCUAUGAUAGAGGACACCUGGCUCCAGUUUUCCUUGCCACCUCACAGAACUGUGCUGAUGCCACCUUCACGCUGACCAACGCUGCGCCACAGGCGGCAAUGUUCAACCGCAAUACGUGGAUGAGGACAGAAAAAAGCAUGAAUGACACACUGACCAAAUCUUGCCUUAAUGUAGGCCUGAGUGCAUUUGUAGUAACUGGGGUUGUGCCGGGUACUGGUACGUUGAAAAAUGAAGGUAGAGUGCGAAUUCCCAGUCACUUCUGGAUGGCAUUCUGCUGCCUCGAUAACAAUAAUAUAUCCAAACACUCAGGUGCAUAUAUUGGAGAAAAUAUAAAUAAUGCUAAAGUGGACAAUCUGGACAGGCAGGUACUUGAGAAUCGAUUAAACAGUCUGUAUGGGAGAACUGUCACUUUGUUUGGUGGUCGAUGUUAGAUGCAGAAUAUGGAGAAAAGCGUGUACUAUCUGUGUUAACACGGCUGUAUCGGGGACAUUUCUGUAGCAUCAUACCUCCUUUUAAUUUCACUUUGUUUCCUCGACGACGCGACAGUUUCAAACAGAAAAUAAAACAAUAGAAGAGCAAACAGCUGGAAAGGGGAAACACGCCGCACGAAAGCGUCAAAAGCAGUAACUGUGUUGAACUAGUGGAACGUCCGAGUGUUGAAUGGUUUCAGCGUCUGUCCUGUAUGUUUCCCAUUCAGUGGAACAACUUCUACACACAUACACUUAAAAAAAUGAAAACUAAUCAGAAAUCACUCAUGUGUUGAUUGACAUGUUGUUGUACUUUUAAUCAGUUUAUUUCUGUCACUAAAUUGGGAUCAGAUCAUUUAUUAUUAAUCACUGAAUUGCAGUUUGAUUUUCUGCAGAAUUCGACAUCAAUAAAGAGCAUCCAAUUAAA